ACGUCGCUCCCCGCCCUCCCGCCACCGCCCGCCCUCGUUCGCUCGCGCUCCCCGCCCGCAGCCCGCGGUCCUCCGUCGGUUCCCUCCUUAGUCCGCCGUCUCCCGCGGAGCUGCCGGUCUUCGUCUCCUAGCUUGCGGACUCGCGGACAGGCGUCCUCAGCGCGAAGAGGCCGAACUUGGAGUCGUCGCCUUGAGCCUUGCAUCUGAGAAGUCCCAGGUACUUUGUCCAACCACUGUCACAGAAGCUGUGUUUUCAGUACCUUUGUAAGUGAUGGCUGCCAUCAGGAAGAAACUGGUGAUUGUUGGUGAUGGAGCUUGUGGUAAGACGUGCUUGCUCAUAGUCUUCAGCAAGGACCAAUUCCCAGAGGUUUAUGUGCCCACGGUGUUUGAAAACUAUGUGGCAGAUAUAGAAGUGGAUGGAAAGCAGGUAGAGUUGGCUUUGUGGGACACAGCUGGACAGGAAGAUUAUGAUCGCCUGAGGCCUCUCUCCUAUCCAGAUACUGAUGUUAUACUGAUGUGCUUCUCCAUUGACAGCCCUGAUAGUUUAGAAAACAUCCCAGAAAAAUGGACUCCAGAAGUCAAGCAUUUCUGUCCCAAUGUGCCCAUCAUCCUGGUUGGGAACAAGAAGGAUCUUCGGAAUGAUGAGCACACAAGACGGGAGUUAGCCAAAAUGAAGCAGGAGCCGGUAAAACCUGAAGAAGGCAGAGAUAUGGCAAACAGAAUUGGCGCUUUUGGGUACAUGGAGUGUUCAGCAAAGACCAAAGAUGGAGUGAGAGAGGUUUUUGAAAUGGCCACGAGAGCUGCUCUGCAAGCCAGACGUGGGAAGAAAAAAUCUGGGUGCCUCAUUUUGUGAAGCCUUGUGCAAGCACAGCCCUCACGCGGUUAAUUUUGAAGUGCUGUUUAUUAAUCUUAGUGUAUGAUUACUGGCCUUUUCAUUUAUCUAUAAUUUACCUAAGAUUACAAAUCAGAAGUCAUCUUGCUACCAGUAUUUAGAAGCCAACCAUGAUUAUUAAUGAUGUCCAACCUGUCUGACCAGCCAGGGUCUUUCUGACACUGCUCUAACAGCUCUCUCUGCACUCCACCUGACACCAGGCGCUACAUCAAAGAAUUUCGUAA